AUGGUCAGGCCGGACUCUAAGGCAGUGGCUGGAAUGAAUAAGGAGCUCUGCUCGGCUGAGACGGUGCAGGGCUUUGCAGGAACCCUGGUGCCUCUGAUGCUGGAGAUCUGGGUGGAGGCGGCAGGUGGAGAUCGUGUGCAGACAGACAGCGGCCACCUGCUCUCAGCAGAGGCCAUGGCUCUUAUGUUCCAGAUCCUCACCAUACUGCAGUUACUGAGAAGACUUACCCCACAGAGAGAUCAACAGGACAUACUGGACGCCUGGUUCCGGAAUUCAUACCUGACAGAUUUCAAACACCACUUCAUGAAGAACUUCCCCUAUGGCCUGCUGGAGGUGGCAAGACACAGGAAGAAAGCUGAUGGAAAGAGGAUUAGGCAGCAGCAGGUAGCAGCUGGAAUGGUUGCUGGCGGCAAUGUGGAACCGUUGGCCCUAAACGUGACAUUGUGCCAAGUUAUGGUGACACUCAGUCUUAGGGGCCAGGAUCACGUAGAAGCCGAAGAUGCUGAUUGGCUCGGACCAAUCAGGGGAUUUAUUAGGGAGACCUUGUCCAGUGGGGGCAAGCUGAGCUCAAAGCACCUGGCAGCCUUACUGGAGGUGGUGUGGAGGAUGAUUGUCACCCAGCGCAGCCGCGUGGUGACAGACGAUCUCCUGCAGGCUGUGUAUGUGCAGUACCAGCAGAGGAACCUGGCUGUGAGCGUCCGCACUUUGCUGCUGCACUUUUUCAGUCAGCUCUACAUUCAAGAGCAUCAGAACCACCCUCAUAUUGCCCGGAGCAGGAUUCUGGCGCGUUGGCUGGCAUCACUGCCGGUGCAGUUGGUUCAGCUGGGCAGCAGGAAUCCUCAGCUCUCAGCACAACUGCUGGAGACAAUCCAUCCAGCUGCCGCGAGGGGCAAUAAAGACCUUCUGCAGAGUCUUCAGAAAAAUGCCUGCAGUAUUUAUGAUCCACAGGAGGGCUCUGUGGUGGUGUUGCCUGUGGAGUCCCAGAAGAGGCUGGUUCAGAUUCUCCAUUUCCUGCCAACGUUUCCCGCAGAGCUUCUGGCAUGUCUCAGUCAGGUCUGCAACACUGGGAGAGUGUCGGCUAGCCUGGCCACCAUGCUAAUACGCACCAUACACCUGAGGUCUCCUCUAAGUGGCUGGUCGAGCAGUUCACAGGAUGUGCCGGUGAAGGAUGUAGAUUACCUCAGUUUCUUUUUCACUACACUAACAGGUUUCUCCUCUGAGAUGCUGCAGGCCCUGCAGGACACCGAUGAAGACGGCCUGAUGCCCUCCUCCACACUCUCGCCCCUCAGCGUAUUCACUACCACCCUGGAGCAGUUCCUUCACCAUUGGGAUGUAGUGGAGGAGGUGUGCCACUGCCUGGACACUCUAGGAUCUCGUGCACAGUGUUUUGAUGUGAUACAGAACGCCAUCAUUAAGAAUCUGUGUGGACUCGUGGUGGUGCCAGACUGUGUUUGUGCAGCGAUUUUAAGGUGUGUUCCCCGGUUACUGGAUGUCAACUUCCUGCCCAGCGACACACUCCUCCACUUCCUGUCUGACUGUUGCUUGAGCAUGCUCAGUCUGCUGCUACAACUGGAGCAGAGCGCCCGCAAGAGGGAUGCCGUGUGGGAGGCAUGCUUUGCCGCGCUGAGCACGGUACCGAGGCUGCUGCGAUUGGUCUUGCAGUCUUUACAUGUGGGUGACCUUUGUGAGGAGGAGCUCCCCGUGUUGGCACAGAUCUUGUCACUACUUCUUCAGCAUACUCAAUUACGCAACCACAUGAUGGCCAACGCCAGUCUACUGCAACAUAUCAUACAGGACUUAACGCAUUUCUAUGGUGGAGAGACUCGAGAGCAGUGGCUGACUGACCUGUUGUACUGCUACAGUGUCACGCUGUCUGGUCACCGGGCCAACAUGGGCAUGAGGGACAUCUAUUAAUCACUGACCAUUAUUGUGUUCAUUGCUACCCUAUUUUUUUUUGUUCUUUCUUUUUUCUGAGUCCAGUUAUUUUGUACAAAAUGAAGAAAAUAAACCUUGUGAUAAUGAGUUUAUUAGGCUCUUUCAUUGUUCGCUUUUUAAAUUUUUUUUACAAAAACAUUUAUUAAUAAAGAUCUGGAGAGGGAUUUUUUGUAAUAACCAUCGUUUUUGUCUGGUAAUCAACAGAAAUGUAGGUGGUGUGAAAUAAUGUGGCAUUUACUCAAAGCAACUGGAACAGACAUCUGCUGUUUUAAAGUUUCUGAAAAAAAUCGGUUACAGGGUUGUUGUUUUUAACACUACUGUAUAAAAGUUUGGGACCAGUAAGAUUCUUUUAAUGAAAUUAAUACUUUUAUUCAGCAAGGAUGCAGUAAAUUGAUCAACA